AUGGACAUCAAAUGCAAGAUCUUUAAAGAGCCUCACCAAAAGGACGAACCGGUGAACAUCUUGGCACCAACCCCAGCGGAUAUCGCCUAUGAGGAGAUGUUUGCCUCCCUCCCAGAGCACAAAUACGGUCCCCGUGGUCUGCUGGAAAUCAGCUCAAAACGUUGUCUUCUCCAGAAUAAGAUGAAGGAGCGCCCGUUCCCGCGCUGGCUGCGGCGCCGCUCUUCACCUACCACCGAC